CAUUGCUUCCCUUUCUGGUGCCUCUCACCCGACCUUGUUCCUAUGACCCGACAACCUUCCAGCAACAACCUGCACUCACGAGUCGCCUGAUCGACUCACCCGCCCUGGAAGCUGCUGUAGAUGAAGUCGCCGCUUCCUCCCACGGCUGGAACUUUCUCACUAUCUAUCCGCGAUCCGUUGAUCAAAAGAAAUUCGGAUCCCCAAUCCUAUCCUCGAGUGACGCUUUGUCCAUGCGCGAAGCCUUGAGGUGUCGAUCCCGAGGCGCCUAUUGUCUGGACUCGACAGAUAUCGCGAAAAAUGAACUGCAACGUCUGUCAAAGACCCCACAAUCCUCAGCGGUUGCCCUUCCUUUGUGCUGUGGAUGCCCGGAACCACUGCUAUGAGGGUCGCCUCAAGAACCUCCAGUUGUUGAUGGAGAAUGAGAGUCUUCAGAAUCAGAUCAAUGCCCUGCUUGCCCAAGACGCAUCGGGCGAUGCGCCCAACCCGACUAUCGCUGCUGAACAUUCGACAUCUGAAUUGAAAAGGGCUGAAGAUCGAACGGACCAUAUUAUCGCACAGGCCGACAAGCUGAGGGAUGAGAUUGCCGCUGCCAGGAGGGAGAUUGUCGAUCGUAAAGCUGCCAUUGCUUGCCGAAAGUCGGAGCUUGCAUCUGCAUCGAGCGGUAUUGCUGUUCGCCGAAACAGACAACUCGAGGAGUCUGAGCGCUCCAUCUCUGUCGCCAAGUACAAAUGGGCCCGCAGUGCUGAUCAGAUGUCGUCUACUCGAGCCUUUCUCUGCAUGGAGGCUGCCAAGCUGUACGGUCUGCGCCGUGUCAAGAAAGGCUCGUCGUCUCGAUAUGAUUUCAAGAUCGGCGGCGUUGACAUUGUCGACCUUUCGUCUAUGAAUGCGGCCUCACCCGAUGUCUUGUCGACCUCUCUUGCCAACAUUGCCCAUGUUCUGGCUCUGACGUCUCAUUAUCUCUCCAUCCGGCUUCCCGCGGAGAUCACGCUGCCCCAUCGCGAUUAUCCGCGACCCACUAUCUUUAACCUCGCCUCGUCGUACCAACAUGGCGAGGUCCCGUUCCCCGGCUCUUCGGCGAUUCCUAGUUUUGUUUCGGAGGAGCGCGACAGUCAGCCACACUACGUUCCCCGUCCGCGACCACUAUUUGUCGAGAAAGCCUUGCCUGUUCUAGCCAAAGAAGAUCCGGUGGCCCAUUCCCUUUUCCUGGAAGGCGUGACGCUGCUGGCAUAUGAUAUCGCCUGGGCAUGUAGCACUCAGGGUGCCUUUGUUGGGGACCGCAACUCAUUCGAGGAUGUCUGCCACAUGGGUCGUAACCUAUACAACUUGCUCAUAGGCCAACAACUCUACAGCACUCAAACUGGGCGCCUCUAUCCCCCGACAACUUCAUCGCCCGCCACGAAGCAUGACACACCCGACCAGGAAGACCUCGGCAAAGCCCCUUCCUGGAUGGGGCGGUAUUCCCACGGCACAACGUAUGCGUUCCUCGGCUGUGCUGAGGGCUCCGAGUUCGUUCGCAGCUUUAAGCUUCCUAGCCCCCUGAAGCUUGCUGACAAGCUCAAGAAGAAGCUCAUCAGUGAGGCUGCUGUACCAGAGUGGGAAGUUCUUGAGGAUGAUGCGUGGGCUCUUGAGGACGGCGAAGGUCAACCAAAUCGGGCUGGCGGUGGUGGCGGCGGUACAAAUGGCUGGACAAAAGUGAAAAACAGGUAGACCGAACACUGACAAACUGUACACAAAACAGCAAGUACAAACCGCGACUUCCGACUUCCGCGAUGGUGAUGUAAAAGGAGGUGUUUAUCGUGAGAGGGUUUUUUCUUCUUUCGUAUUUUAGCGUUUUUGAGUACUUUUUUUGGUGUUUUAUUUUCUUCAUCUCCUAGCAACAACCCUUGCUCCGGUUCAUUCAAGCUCCUAGGCGGUUGAUCACUUGUUGCCUUUCACCUCCGGUUCGGGACGAGGUCCUUGUUGGACCACAAGCUCUCUCCAAUUCCGUAGAACGGGGUUCGCCUCACGAACAACGUUCAACUCAACC